CUGACCGAUGAGCAAGAACUUUAAGGCGGAAUCCACUAAGAUUUGAGGAUCGAGGCGCUGUCGGAUUUAAAAAUGCGGUGAUAGCAACAGUCAAAAUGCACUCCCACACCAACGAGGCGACAGCCACCAGCACCAGCGGCGGCGGAGGUGGCGGCACGGCCGGCGGAACAGGAGCGGCGGGAGGAGUCGCCGCAACUGGAACUUCCGGAGGCGGCAGCACCGAGGGCAAGAUCCGAUGUAUAUUCCUCAGCGAGUUCCAUGCCACAGCGGGCUGCAAGAUAAGCUGCCAGGUGCCCGAAAACUACAUCUCCAAGGACGUGUUUGACGCCAUCAAUGUAUACAUUAUACCCAAGCAGCAUCUGCAGCGCUGCAUCCUCACCGUUAACGCCAUGGAUGUGAAGAUCGUGGGUUAUCCGGUGGGUAUCCAGGAUCAGCAGAAGUAUCCCCGCAAUGCCUUCCUCUUCAAUCUUUGCUUCGUUUGCGACUCCCGGGCAAGGAGUGUUCAGUACGAGCCGGUGGUGAAGAAGUUAUCCGAGUACCUUAUCAUGAUGGAGGAGGAGUCCUGCUUCCUGUCGCGCGAGGACGACAAGCGACGGCUGCAGAACAUCUUUGAGACUGUGCUGCGCGAUCUAAAUGAACGCAAGGUGGCGACCAUUGUCGAGGGCGACAAUACCAUAUACCUGAAAAUCGUUAUGCACAAGCCGGAUCCGCCGCCGGUUAAGGAUCACAUGGUGCCCCUGCUACUGGCCAACCUCAGGGAUGCACCGCUGGACAAUUGGGAUCUGACCACGCAACAGAUUCUUCCCUACAUCAAUGGCAUUAAUCAUGUGGCGCGGAUCGCUGCCGAGGCCGAUGUGGAAACGGAUCUGGUCAAGUCCUGCAUCCAGAAUCUGGUCUACUACGGCGUCGUACAACUGCUGCCCAUCCUGAAGUACAGCAACGUGUACAUGACCCAAAACCUGAAGCACCUUAUCCAGAGCGCUGCGCUAAGCGGAGCGUGCCGCACAUAUGUGGCCUUGCGGCCCGACAAGACGCUGCCCAGCGUCCAGCGCAUCUUCCAGUUCUACGCCUCGAUGACGCACGGCGUCACCUUGCGUGCGAUCUGCCAGCGCCUGUGUCCGCAGCAGCAUAACAUCGAUGAACGGCGUAUGGUGAUCUUUGGACUGCAACAUCGCUUCAUUCGUUGCAUCCACAAGUAUCCGGUGUUUACCGGUUCGGUGCCGUCGGGGCGGCAGAAGAUGUACACCGGCCUGAUCAGUUUCGAUGAGAUCUGCUGCAAGACGGGCCUGUCGCCCUGCACCAUCGAGCGGGACAUCGAGAAGGACACGAAUGUGACUGUGAUCUGGAAGUGACUGGGAAUGGGACCGGGACCGGGCUAGCCGGCAAUCGGCUUGUUGUAGUUU